AUGUCGGUCAUACGAGAAACCAUUUGCACUGUCAAUACACAGCUUGAUCGUCUGCAGCAACAGAUUGCUAGCCAGACAGUCGAGACUGCAGACACACCUACCAAGUCUCUUGUUCACAUCGGCCAAUUGCAAGAUGUUAUUCAUUCCAUAUCUGUGACCUCCAAGACUCAACCCCUGCUACAACCUAAUCGGUUGGCAGAUCUGCUCUCGGAUCCUGUGUUUUCUCGCCUUCAAGGACAGUCCCAAAUAUUGGGGAUAUCCGAUGAGAGCACUUCCGAUUAUGUGUGGCUAGUAGCUGCAAAGGCUGCCGCUCAGGUAUCAGGGCUAGUUAUGAAUACCCUUCUGGAUCAAACGCUGAAAAUUCAUGAUGAAACCUACUAUUGGAGUGAGAUGCUAGGCUCGGUCUGGUAUAGCAGUCUGUAUGCCCUUCAGAACUCGCCAGGGCAAUUGUACCGAUGGACAAGGGAUGUCUAUGUGACUCAAACCACUGAAGGCAACCCCUCAAUUGCCGACAGAUGGGGUCAAUUCUAUCAGAUUGCCCGUAAAAGUGCCUGGCAAUUCGGAGGUCACUCUGUACGCGCUCAUUUGUUAUCUCCAAUAAGAUCAUGUCGAGCAGAUAUGCGACAGAAACGAGAUCAACUCUUGGCAAUGAAGGACCUUCAUACCAGCAGCCUUGGUCUCCUGAUGGAAGGAUGGCAUCUCUUUGAGGUGGACGACUCGACUGCGAGUAUCAACGCCAAGUCACCAAUCGGGCACUGGCACGACCAAAUUCACAGAACGGUUGGUUUAGUCGAAGCCAUCCUCCAGCAGAUGGCGCUUAACCCCAGUACCCAGGGGUUCGAACAUGAGGUUUUUGCUACAUUGGACACGGAUAUCAAAAGCAAGCAGGUGCACAACCAGGAGAUUCAUGUUGCGCAGAGGCCCUUGGAAUUGAUUGAAAGACUGGUGAAUAUCCUCCGUGAGGAACUUCCAAAACAUAGUAGCUCCAUGUCGCUUCUCCUCAGUCGCCAUGGGCGCCCUUCUCGCAUAGUCCGCUAUUGGCUACCGGUGUCGCUUGCUAUACUAUCUGGAAGUGCAUCGACCAAGUUUCUGGUCAACCGACGGGACGAAAUCAUCCAAGGAAUUAUCAGCAUCGGCUCUACGACGAUCGAUUUCUGGGGCAAUUGGGUUGUAGAUCCAAUCCGAAAACUCAUUGGGACAAUCAGGCACGACAAAAACAGCGAAAUUGCUAUCAUGAGCAAAAAUAGCUUGCUCGCUGAUCGUGCCAGUUUAGAACGGAUGGUGGUUGACUUUGUUCGCGAUCGUCCGGAUCUCCACCCGGGGGUGACAGAUACUACCGCCAUCGUAAACUCGGUCAAGGAAGGAGACCUGACUCCUGUUUUGAAAGCAUAUGAAAGAGACUUACGAUCCCCAUUUGUGGGAACUGUCAAAGGCGAUCUCAUCCGCGCCCUUCUGAUCCAGAUCCAAAAGACGAAAGUUGACGUGGAGAUUGCUAUCAGCGGCAUCGAUGCCCUGCUCAAGAGUCAGGAACUUGUAUUUGGAUUUAUCGGACUGACCCCUGGAAUAAUGGUCUCUUUGGCAACUCUGAGGUGGCUAGGUGGUUUCAUCGGCAACAGACGAGGAAUGCGAACAGGUAAACAGCGCCAUGAGCUGAAACGUGGAUUGCGGUAUGACAUCCAGACUAUGUACAACUUGGACAAAACACUAACUCUAACAAUCAGAAAUGUGGCCCGCAUUUUGACUUCCUCUGCAGUAUCGUCCAACGGGACCCUCCCUUACAAAGACUCUGGGCAAUUGAUCUGUGAGGCAGAGGCUCUUCUUGAACACGUGAAGACGAUUUCCAACAACAUGCAAUAUCAAGAGUUCCAAGAAGACAUUCAAGAUCUUCUCAACGUUCAGACUGGAGUGGACAGGCAACUUCGUGUGAUUGAACGAAUGAGAUGGGCAUACUUCCAAUAG